AUGUUACAUCGAUUAUUGUUUUCUCGAUUUUCUCAUUAUCGAUAUUUGUCAUCAGUUACUGCUUGGCGUGAAAAACUUUCUCAAGGUCCUUCAUUAAAAUCAUUUAUUGAACAAACAGUUGAUCAAAUACAACAUGAAUCAACUCUUCCACCAUAUCUUACACAAAAUAAUAUCGAUGAUUAUGAACCAUUUGAUCCAUCGAAACAUCCAAAACGACGUGUUUAUUUUGAUGUAUAUGGUUGUCAAAUGAAUGAAAAUGAUACUGAUAUAGCUUAUACAUUUUUGGAUAAACAUGGUGGUUAUGAACGUGUUCAUAAUGAAGAUGAUGCUGAUAUUGUUUUAUUAAUGACAUGUAGUAUUCGUGAAGGUGCUGAAAAAAAAAUUUGGAAAAAACUACAAUCACUUGGACAUAAAAAACGAAUACGUUCACCAUAUGCUCCACCAUUUCAAAUAGGUGUACUUGGUUGUAUGGCUGAACGUUUAAAAGAAAAAUUAAUUGAACGUGAAAAAAUUGUUGAUGUUGUUUGUGGUCCAGAUGCAUAUCGAUCUUUACCAAAUUUACUUGAUCAAACACUUUUAAUGUCUAAUCAAAAAGGUAUUAAUACACUUUUAUCAUUAGACGAAACAUAUGCUGAUAUAACACCACUUCGAUUUGAUACAAAUAAUCGACGAGCAUUUGUAUCAAUUAUGCGUGGAUGUAAUAAUAUGUGUACUUUUUGUAUUGUACCAUUUACACGUGGACGAGAACGAAGUAGACCUAUGACAAGUAUUCUUGAUGAACUUCGUUAUCUAGUCGAUCUUGGAAUAAAAGAUGUAACUUUACUUGGACAAAAUGUUAAUAGUUAUUGUGAUAAUUCUGAAAUGAAUAUAUCAUUACAUACAACAAAAACAUUAUCAAGAGGAUUUCGAGAAAAUUAUAAAACAAAUCUUGCAAAAGGUUCUAUUCGUUUUGCAACUCUACUUGAUCAAGCAUCAAAUAUUUCAUCUGAACUUCGUAUACGUUUUACAUCACCACAUCCAAAAGAUUUUCCCGAUGAUUUAUUAUAUAUAAUGCAUGAUCGUUCAAACAUUUGUAAAUCAAUACAUCUACCAUGUCAAAGUGGUAGUACACGUAUGCUUGAAUUAAUGCGUCGUGGUUAUACUAAAGAAUCUUAUUUAUCAUUAGUCGAACAUAUUCGUUCAAUAAUACCUAAUAUAGCAUUAUCAUCUGAUUUUAUUGCUGGUUUUUGUAGUGAAACUGAAGAUGAUCAUCAUGAUACACUUGAUGUUAUUAAUCGUGUACGAUAUAAUUUUAUAUAUUCAUUUCCAUAUUCAAUGCGUGAAAAAACUAAAGCACAUUAUCAUUUAAAUGAUGAUAUUUCAUUUGAUAUAAAAACUCGACGACAUUUAGAAAUUCAUGAAUUAUUUCGACAUCAUGCACAUUUAAUUAAUCAAUCAUAUAUAGGUCAAAUACAAUUAUGUCUUGUUGAAGGACCAAGUAAACGUUCACCAGAUCAUGAAAUUGCUGGAAGAAAUGAUUAUAAUACAAAAGUAAUAUUUUCUAAACAAUUAUUUAAUAGUAAUGAAAUAUUACAACCGGGUGAUUAUGUUGAAGUCCGAAUUGAUUCAGCAACAUCACAAUCAUUAAAAGGGACACCAUUAAAACGAACAACACUUAAAGAUUUCAAAUCGUUAAUAAAUACUUAUUGUUAA